AUGGCAUUAGAUUUAAUUUUAGCUGGUAAUCGUUUAAAUGAUAAGACCAUGAUAUGUAAAUUAGACUCAGUUGUUUUAUUUCGCAUGAUUCGAAAAAUCUAUCUAAGUACACAAACACGAACUUUAUGUUCAUAUGGUGAUGUAAUUACAAUAAUUCAUGAUUCUGAUUAUCAUCAAAUAUGUUUUCGUACAUAUAAAAGAAUGUCAUUAUCAUCAGAUGAAUUUAUUGAAAUUCUUGGUGAAAUAUAUCAUACAUCUUAUGAUACAAUUGAAACAAUGAAAUAUUAUUUAGAUGCAAAUGAUAUUAUUGAUCUUGAUACAAAUCUUAUUCAUUCAUCAGUAUUAACAUCAAAACAAAUAGAUGAUAUGAUUAAAUAUAUUGUACGUGAAGAUGCUAUAAGACAAUUAUUAAAAUUAAUAUUUGAUCGAAUACGUAAUAAUGAUAGUCAUAUCGAUGAUGAACAUCGACAAUUGAAAUUAAAUCUUCCAAUGAAAUUGAAUGAUUUAUAUCAAACAAUAAAAGAAUUAAAUGCUUUUAGUAAUGAAAAAAAUAAAAAUCCAAACAAAAUAAGUUUUUUUCAUUUUCCAGAUAAAAUGAUAAAUACAUUAGAUACAUUACCAAAUGAAAUGCUAUUCAAUAUAUUUUCUUAUUUAUCAUGGGAUGAAAUCUUAAUAUCAUUUUGA